ACCGACCCUCCAGGUUUGCGUUUCUUGCGCGCGUUUGCGAGUGUGUGUGUGUGCGUGCGUCGGAUCACGCGCGCUGGGGAUUCCCCCGCGUGACAAAAACAGCUUUGCCUUUCACAUGUCAGCUCUUCCCCUUCUCGGCUUUCAUUGCUCAUAUGCUCUCCGCCUGGAGCUCAUGUAGUUACCGGAUAUUUAGUCGACGGGCAGCCGUUUUUCCCUCGUUUCAAACACGUUUCAGCGAUUUGUGAGUGACCUGCCAUGUUUUCGAAACUUUUUAAAACGCAUAAAACCGUUAAAAAUUGAACGCCUCUUCUACGAGGUACUUUGUUGUCGGUUAAUGGCAUGAUACGCAGCGGCUCAUUCCUCUGGUUUCACGAAGAAGGUGCGGCGGUUACCUCGGGUGUCACCGGGCUUUCCGGGCUCAUCACCGAGCGGCUACAGCGCCCGCGGGAAGCCUUUAAAUCCUCGGGGAAGGCGGGAGGGGGAAACCCAGCGAGGCCAUCAUCAUCAUCACCGCCACAGCAGCGGCGCUACCAUGGCGAGCCGUGACUGUACUAAAGAUGACUUGCUGGACGAUAACCGCACAGACUCGGGUAUUGACUCGUCCCUCGGCACGCUGAAGUCGGAGGAACCCCGGGAGACGAGCACCGACCUAAGCGGACCGAGGGACAAGUUUUCUACCGGGGAGGAGUGGCUGGACUCAGCAUACGGUUCCUCAUCCCUCACGGUGGAGAGUCUGUCGGACAUAGUGGAAGUCUGUACGAUUUCCAGCAGCAGUGCGCCAGUACAGAGCUCUGAACUCUCUGAGCAGGAGGAGCAGGAGGAGAACUUGCUCACAACUAUUACAGAGGAUGGAGACACAAUCCUUCAUUUAGCAGUCAUCCAUGAGGUCAUAUGGCUUGCUAAGGAUUUGAUACACAUAUUCCCAAGAGAGGUCCUGGACAUCCAAAAUAAUUUAUACCAGAGCCCUUUGCACCUCGCUACCUACCUAAACCUAACAGAGGUGGUACAGAGCCUAGUGGAUAAAGGGGCCAGCAUAGAGCUGCAGGACCAGGAUGGGAACACUGCGCUCCACGUGGCCUGCCAGCACGGGCAGAUAGGGUGCGCCAGCGAAAUGACUAGAGACGUUUCCCCCAGCAAGUUGGCACCGGUCCUGGAGACCCAGAACUGGAGAGGUCUUGGCUGUUUCCACUUGGCUGCCCUGAACAGGCAACAUGAAAUUAUGAAGCUCCUGAUCAAAAAAGGAGCAGACCUGAAUAUCCAGGAAGGAACAAGCGGCAAAACGCCUCUUCACCUUGCAGUCGAGCUGCGUGACAUCACAUCUGUGAAGCUGCUGCUCAGCAAGGGAGCCAAUGUGGAUGCUGCCAUGUUUAAUGGCUGCACACCCCUGCAUCUCGCGGUGGGGAGACAGGAUGCCACCAUCGCCAACCUCCUCUGCCAGAAUGGCGCCGACACAAUGCUGCGAAACAUGGAGGAUGAGACGGCGCUGGAUCUGGCUGAUGGCAAUGACGAUAUUCUGGCUCUAUUUCCUUUCGAUGACAUCCAGAUCUCUGGAAGGUCCUUGGUUGGUGUGAAGUUUUGAGCUGAACAACAGUCCUUCAGUUGUCUGGAGCUUUACUGCAGCUGAUUUUUUUUUUUUUUUUUUUUUUUUUUUUUUUAAACAAAAAAAGUUAUAUUUUAGUGAUGACAUUGAUUAGUAUACCUAUAUAUCUAGAUAAGUAUGUCCAGAACAUAGAUUUCAUUUUCCUCUGAUUGAACAGAGUAAUUCUGCUUAAUUGAACCAGUUUUGCAAGCUAGAUUAUUUUGCUUUUUUUUUUUUUGCGUGCCUCUGUUUGUACACCGCUGUAAAAACCCACCUCACUGUGAGUACCAAACUGUCUCUAAACCUGUUCAAUGCCCCCCAAAAAAUCUACCUCUUUAUUUUGACCUGGUUUCAGUGGCUAUAAAUGAUGUGCAUUUUUCUUAAAAUAUGGCCGUUCCCUUAGUGGCUAAAAAGAGACUUUUGGAGGACUGUGAUCAGAGGCAAGGACAAAUAAAAUUUCAGUUUGCUAAAUGGAAAAUGUAAGUCAAAGACAAACUUUUCUCCUCCCUGCUUUUGCUUAAAAAAAAAAAAAAAAAAG